AAGCACAGCAUAUUAUUUUGCAGAUUCUGUAGAUAUAGGUUAGAAAGGGUCACAAAACAUCUUUCUAGACUUUGUCAAGAUAUACCUAGGUGAAAAACCAGAGUCUCCUCAUGCUCACUCUUAACCCCGGAUCCAACCUCACAAGAAUGCGUAUGUAAACAGCCUCAUUUUGACCACUUGAUCUAUGAACUUGAUGAUUAUAAAACGCAGUUCUUUGCCUUAAUCAUUACUCUCCAUAUCUCUCCCAAGAUUUCUCAAAUUUGGCUCCAAAUCCUUCAAACCCCCACCAAAACCUCCACCAUGAUCCCCACCGACAAAACAACCCACAUCGACCGCACCGCUCACGAACCCCGCGAUAACUCCCUCCACGAACUCCUCAUAACCACCAUAACCCCCAUAACCCCCACAAUCCGCCUCUUCCACCUCACGCCCUCCCAACCCUCCCAACCCCCCAUCAGCUUCCUCCCCGGCCAAUGGGUAGACCUCUACUACCCCCCCUUCCCCUCCUGCCAAAAACCCGGCGGCUUCACCAUUACCUCACCCCCAUCCCACCCCCACAUGGAACUAGCAAUCCAGCAAUCCCCCCUCAACCCCCCAGCAGCCUACCUCUGGCAGGACCCCUCCACCCUCUUACACACCCCCGUCCGCAUCCGCAUAGGCGGUUCCUUCACCUACCCGCCCCAAAUAUUCUCACGUCCCUCCGAACAACAGCCGUUAUUAUCCUCUCCCAGCUCUAGUAGCACACCCCCGGGCUUCAAAAAGUUGGUGUUGGUGGCAGGAGGAGUUGGCAUAAACCCCCUAAUCAGCAUCCUCUCCCACAUCUCCACCACCCGCCCCCAACCCGAAAUCACCCUCCUCUACUCUCUCAAAGACCCCAACAGCAAAAUCCAAUCAGGCGACACCUCCCAAGCCCUCUUCCUCGACCGAAUCAUCAAUCUAUUCUCCAACCAAAACGACCCCCUGAAAGGCAACAUCAAGCUCUUCCUCACCACCACUGGUGGCCCCAAUAACACAAACAACAUCUCAACAAACGAAAUAACAACCAAACAUUUAUCCAUCCCUUUCGAAAAGAGAAGGAUAUCCCUCUCCGACGUCUCAAACGCCAUCGGGGAGCACAAAGACGACGUGGCAGUCUACAUAUGCGGUGUACCCUCCAUGACCGACCAAUUUGUCGACGGCCUGACCUCUCCCUCCCCACAAGGUCUAGGCAUAGACAAGAGCAGGGUCCUGUGCGAGAAAUGGUGGUAAUAAUCUAGGAAAUUACUCCUCUCAUGCAAAGUAUCAGCAGCCCCUUAUAUGUACUUUAAGACACC